AGUGAGCUCAAGGCCAGCCUGAACCGCAUAGAGACCCUGUCUCAAAAAGAGAAAAAGUUUUACACAAAUAUUUUGACAAAUCUACGCUACAAGAGUUGAUCUGAUUCAAACCAAAUGCCCUAAUAAAUGACACAUAUAAAACUUUUAUUGGCCAAAGAGCUUUAACGGAUUAUUGCUACUUUCUUUUAGGCUAGUUUUUUUCUACUAGGAAUUAUAUUCAGAGAAAGACAAAUGAAGAACUAUAUUACAGGAAAACCAACUUGUAAAAGUCUUAAACAUAGUGGAGUCAAUGCCUCAAAUAUUGAUUGAGCAGCUAUUAGUUGCAAGGCACUGUGGCAGUAGGCGGGUGAGUAAACUACUCUGCAGCACUCAGGCCCUGGUAGAGUUGAGUUAAACUAGAACCCACAGCUGUCUGCUAGAUAGGCUCUUCCAAGAGUUGAGAUACAAAGUAAGCAAAUCUGAGUGAGGGGCAGUCAAAGAAGGCAUCAUGGUGCCUUAGAAGAUGGGUAUCAUUUGGUUUUUGUGUUUUUAAUGAUGUUGGGGGUCAAACCCAGGGCCUCAGACAUGCUAGACAAGUUCUCCACCACUGAGCAACAUCCAACCCUGAGUGGGAUUUUUUUAUACUCAAGAGAUUGAAGGGCGUUGGUGGGGGCCACAAACUAAAGCGAGUUGUCAAAGCCAGGGUAUCAGGAAGAAGACAGUCCAAUUUGGCUGGAGUGUCCAGUAUACAUAGGGGAGGGCCACACAACUCUGGCACGCAGCGGUGCGGGGCUCAAAUGUAAGGCCGCAACAGUCGAAGCUUUGUAAGUGAUGGAUGACGUCGAAGGCUUUGAAGCAGAAAAUGUGAUUCAACCAACUCUAGCUUAGGACAGUUUUUUGGCCUUGGCCAAGCUGUCAGGCAGAGGCAGUGCGGAAGUCAAGGACGGAACUGGAGUCCCAGGUGGAUGGUAAGUGGCCCUGUGGCACCAGAGGUGGGCUCAGGAUUUCGUGGAAGUCGGCUUAGUGGUGUGCCUGGGUCCAAUGGAACUUCAGAUCACUGAUUCGUGUUGUUAUCUGCUUGUUUCCUCUUUGUAAGAAUCUUUUUGGUUUAUGUCUUGUAGUUCAGUAGCUGGAAGCCUGGCAUUGGAGGCAGGCGCGCUGGAUUGGGAUCCCCUCUCUGCUGCUCACCAGCUGCCAUCUGUUCAAGCUGCUUAUCCCUCACAUCACUCUGCUCCGCUGUAAAACAGGCAUUUAGCAGUAGCUCCGCAGGGCGCUGCUGAGGGAACAAAGCGAGGGGAUGCAAGUGACAUACGCGGCUUGUAUCUGGCGAACUUGUCAAUGCUUAGAAAAUACUGGCUAUCGGUGAAGGGCGGCAUGCUGAGUAGAACAGGUUUGCCCCUGCCACUGGCGGUGGCAGAAUACGGACGGAGGGGAGAUGUGGAACCUGGGCCUGGGGGCCAGACCCCAGGGAGAGCACUGGAGGCUUAGGGAGGAGUCGCUGGCACAGAUUAUUGCAGCUAUACCAGGGAGAUGAGCCAGGAGGGGACGGCAGAAAUGGGCCCAGAGAAAUAAAAAUUCAGGAUAGGUGGAUACUUCACAAAAUCGGGGCGGAAGAGAUGGAAGGGUUUUACUCAACAGUAAUGUAUGUAUGAACCUUGCUGGACCUGAAGAAGAGCCAUGCUUGAAACAGUCGGGGAACUCUGAUUAAGGACUUUGCAUUAGAGGCCAUAGGAAGUUACUUAUACUCUUAACUAUGAGAAUCGUACUGUAACCAUGACGACAAUGUCUCCAUUCCCUGAAAUACUUCGGGAUGGAGAGUCAUUACCCAUGCACAGGGUGGAGAGAAUGUAAAUAAGGCAAAAAUAUGAACUCUGUUCGGUCUGGGUGGAGGGGGUGCCUGUGGGUAUUCAUCGUACUCGCCUUUCAACUCUUGCUGGGUGCUUGCCAGUCAACAUAAAAAAACGGAGAACGAAAGUGGCCUGAGAAAACUGAGAGAACCGGUCUACACCCAGAAGAGUUCUUUGGGGGAGACCAUGUUCCACCUACGCAAGGCGGGAUUCCAAGGAGGGGGACAUUAAGCAGGACACAGGUGGCUUGGACGAGCGGCGACCUGGGAAGACCUGAGUAGGCUGACCUGUGCGCGAGGCUGCAGAGGAGGAAGCGGGCAGCAGGCACUGACCGGCCCUGCGCGCCAGAGCCUGGCUUUCGUGGGAGGCUGAGUCCGAGCCGGCAGGAGGCGGCGUCGGGCGGGGCGGUGGACGUGGGGGGGGUUCCGCCUUGGGCCAGGAGGACGGAAGGUGGCGCUGCAGGGACAAGGGAGGAGGUCACGUCUGGCUGUCAGAAGGCAAAAGUGUAAGGCCAGAGAGGGGCACAUGGACGACACCUGCUGUUGGGCUGUAACUCAGGCAGAAGAUGGCGGAGGUCCGGCCGUGGAGACUGAAGCCGCCUUGGCGGAACGGGCGCUGGGUGGAGCUUAUCCAUCAAGGAUAGAGGGAACUCCUGAUCCGCGUUCCCACGCCCUCCGGGACGGGCACAGCGCGCAGGCGCAGGCCGUGAGGACUCCGGCUGUAACGCGGCUUUUGGCCGUAGUCACCGGCCUCAAGGGGGCGCUCUGCCGGCCCUUCCGUGCGACUCUUCCUCGCGCACACACGCCGCCCCCGGCACGGGAGUCCGAGGCACGGCGCGGUGCGGGUCCAGCGGGGCCUGAGCUUCGCCGGGAGGCCCGCGGGGAAACGGCCGAGCCCUACAGCAGGC